UUGACACUGUGUGCACAUUCUGGGAGAAAGCAGCGGAGGGAAUGUGGCAGUCACGUAGAGGGAAAACCUGGAGGAGCGACAACUGGCAAUACGUCGAACAAAGUACUAAACUGCUAAAAAUACGUAGCUAUAUUGUUACGUUAGUUCUGUGUCGGGGGAUUAAACUACAAUCUACUACAGCUGGAAGCGAACAUACUGGAAUAUAAAACUCGACUUUUCUGGAAUAUCAACACAAGGAAUAACGUUACUGUGCCAGCAGAGUUUUCCUGCAAACUGCCACCGUGGUCCGCUACGUUUGAAGGGGUUGAGAAGUUUAUGCUGUACUUCACUAAAAAAAUCCCUCGAUAGCUCUGCAGACUCGGAGGAAAUAAAACCACACGGAGGAUUUUAUUUUAUUUUGAAGCCCCUGGAGCCGUCCGCUGAGCGUCAGAGACAGGAAGUGUCUCACCUGAGGCAGGUGUCCGUGUCUCCAGCGCUCAGCAUGUGGCUCUGAGGGAGGAUUUUUAAAUAAAGCUGGUUCAAACGCGAGGAGGAGGAGGAGGAGGAGGAGGAGGCGAGGGGGAGCAUGGGGAAGGAGCAGGAUCUGCUGCAGGCGGUGAAGAGCGGAGACCUGCCGUCCACUCAGAAGCUGCUGUCCAAACUCAAAGCCAACAGGAACAAGUUGCUGGGCUCCACCAAGAGACUGAAUGUCAACUACCAGGACUCAGACGGGUUUUCGGCGCUGCACCACGCUGCGCUCACAGGGACCGCCGAGCUGCUGUCUGCACUGCUGGAGGCUCAGGCCACCGUGGACGUCAAGGACAGCAACGGAAUGCGUCCGCUGCAUUACGCCGCCUGGCAGGGGAAACCCGAGUCGGUCCUGGUGCUGCUCCGCUCCGGAGCAUCGGUGAACGGCGUUUCUCUGGACGGACACAUCCCUCUGCACCUGGCAGCGCAGUACGGACACUACGAAGUGUCUGAGAUGUUGCUGCAGCAUCAGUCCAACCCGUGUCUGGUCAACAAGGCCAAGAAGACACCUCUGGAUCUGGCCUGUGAGUUUGGAAGAGUCCAGGUGUCCCAGCUGCUGCUGAGCAGUAACAUGGUGGUGGCGUUGUUGGAAGGAGAGAGGAAGGAGCCGACGGACUCCGCCUUUACCACGCCACUGCACCUCGCCGCCCGCAAUGGACACAAAGACAUCAUACAGCUGCUGCUGAAGGCCGGCAUCGACAUCAACAAGACCACCAAGUCUGGAACGGCCCUGCACGAAGCGUCUCUGUACGGGAAGACGGAGGUGGUCCGCCUGCUGCUGGACGCCGGAGUGGACGUGAACAUCCGGAACACCUACAACCAGACGGCGCUGGACAUCGUCAACCAGUUCACCACGUCGCACGCCAGCAGGGACAUCAAGCAGCUGCUCCGAGAUGCGACUGGCGUCCUGCAGGUCCGAGCUCUGAAGGACUACUGGAACCUCCACGACCCGACGGCGCUCAACAUCCGAGCCGGAGACGUCAUCACCGUGUUUUAUUCCCAGCAUGCACCAGCGGCCCAUAGUGACCCGUCUCGUCCCCUGCAGGUGUUGGAGCAGCACGUAGAUGGACGCUGGAAGGGACACAUCCACGACACCCAGAGAGGGACGGACCGAGUCGGCUUCUUCCCUCCGUCCAUCGUGGAGGUCAUCAGCCGGAGAAACGGGGGCACCCUGUCCCGGCACGCCUCCCUGCCCACCCAGCGCCAGCAGCAGCUGUCCAGACCCCCCCUCUCCUGCAGUCUCAGCUCCGCCCCUCAGACUGACGACUCCUACACCCUGUACGCCCCCCCCACCCACGUGGUGCUGCCGCUUGCCAAUGGCCUUGCUACCAACACAGGUUUGUCUCCGAGCCGCCUGUCUCAGUCCGGAUUUCCCUUCGAGGACAUCUGGGUCCUCAGGGACUCGUGUCAUGCUGGAGACAGGAACAGCGUGGGGAGCACCGGCAGCGUCGGCAGCACCCGGAGUGCCGGCAGCGGACAGAGCACCGAGAGCAACAACGCACCCAACGGACUGCAACACAACGCUGGUCACCAUGACAACACUAACAAGCCGGCGCCCUCUGCUGGUGAUUCUGGAAACUCCGACUGCAGCAAACAGCCGGAUCAUCCUGCAGGCGGGACUCCCCGGAGGCAGACGGUGACGGUGCAGAGACCCGAGACUUUCUCCCAGCAGUUUGUUCGUCCUCAGCAGCUACUGGAGGGGAAGGAUGCAGAGGCCAUCUACCAGUGGCUGAGUGAGUUCCAGCUGGAGCAGUACACGGGGAACUUCAUCAGCGCCGGUUAUGACGUCCCAACCAUCAGCAGGAUGACUCCCGAGGAUCUGACCGCCAUCGGAGUGACCAAACCGGGCCACCGCAAGAAGAUCUCCAUGGAGAUCAACAACAUGAACAUCCCAGAGUGGCUGCCGGAGUACAUCCCCUCCGAUCUCGGUGAGUGGCUCAGCGCCAUCGGCCUCCCGCAGUACCACAAAAAGCUCUCGGAAAACGGCUACGACUCCAUCAGCAUCGUCAGAGACCUGACGUGGGAGGACCUGCAGGAGAUUGGCAUCAUCCAGCUGGGCCACCAGAAGAAGCUGAUGCUGGCGGUGAGGAAGCUGUGCGACAUCCAGCGAGCUAUCCUCCAGGCCGAGACGGGCCACGGCGGCACUCUGCGGCGCAAAGCCCCCGGAGCGCUGCACCUGGUCGCCAUCGAGCCUCCGGCCGACUCGGCAGCAGCGGGCGAGUGCUCCUCCCCUCACACCCCGAAGAUGAUGACCUUCCAGGACAGCGAGCUGAGCGCCGAGCUCCAGACGGCCAUGUCCGGCCACUACGGAGGCUGCGAGGACGGCCUCCUCGCCAUCAGGAACGCCGCGGGAAUGUCGCAGAGCCAGGAAAGCAUCGAGACGCGGUCCAGAGGCUCUGGGCGCUCCGGGGAGCCACCCACGGCGUCAGUCACGCCGCACAGCUGGUCGCAGGAGAGCCUGGACGCCAGCCCCGCCCGGGAGAGGAACCUCCCCGAGGGCUGGGACCAGAGAGUGCAGCCGCAGCCGCACAAACAGGUGCCUCUGGGCACGGCGACCGUCUUUAAGUACCCAGCAAUCCCAGUGAAACCCAAAGCGUCCGCGCCCUGCGGUCCGUCCCCUCACGGCUCGCCGGCGCUGAAAGGUUUCAGCUACCUGCACUCGAACUGCGGCGCCACAGACCUGCGCGCAUCUCCGCAGCAGGGCAACCGCAGCAUGACUCUGCUGUCGGCUAAGAAGCGCGUGCAGAACGCGACUCGCUACGCUCUGUCAGACGGAGAGCCCGACGAGGACGACGAGGAGUCAGCGUUUCAUCACUGUGGAAACGUGGCGUCCUACGCCACGCUGACGCGCAAACCCGGCCGCAGCCAGCUGGCGCGCUUGCACGCGAGUCCGGAGAAGAACGGCGGCGGCAGUGUGGGGCGCAGUCAGUCCUUCGCGGUGCGCGCGCGUAAGAAAGGCCCGCCGCCGCCGCCUCCGAAGAGGCUGAGUUCGGUGAGCAGCACCACCAGCGGCGAGCUGAGCGACAGCAGCACCACGUCGUCUGCUACCGGCGGCGGCGGACUAACAGACAGUCCGGUGAGUGUGAGGAGCAUCGCUGCCUCGCUGGAGGGAUGGACGGAGAGAGAGGAGAAGAACCCGCCAGGAUCUAAACCCGACGGCGUCCGGCAGGAGGCGUCGCCGUCCUUCGAUUCUGUUAACUCUGCAGGACAGGAGGCUGCCGCUGCGGCGAGGAGGAGGGUGCAAAGCGAGUGUAUUCCCACCACGAACGCCAGCGGCACGGAGCCGGAUCGAGGGGUGAAGUCGGACUCGGAGGAAGAAGAACCCAAAGGUCCAGGCCUGGACGGCUCCUCGUCGCCUCAGAACAGCUCCAGUGAGUGCAUCCCCUUCGCCGAGGAGGGGAACCUGACCAUCAAACAGCGGCCCAAAGCACCGGGGCCGCCCAGGGCCGAGGCCGUGCUGGAGCCGCCGGAGAAGCACACCAAGAACCUGGACGUGCCCGAGUUCAACCUGAAGGAGUCGGACACGGUGAAGCGCCGACACAAACCCAAAGACAGAGAGCCGGGAGGAGACUCGCCCGGCAGGGAGGGAGCCAGCAGCAGGCCUCCGUCCCAGAGCCAGGAGGAUCUGAGGAUCAGCGAGGAGAGGCCGGCCAGUCCGGCGACAGGAUCCCCCAUCAAACCUCCGCUCUCACCGAAACCUGCCGUCGCCCCGAAACCUGUCCGCCACAGUCUGCUGGCAGCACAAGCAGCUGGACACUCGUCUCCAUCUGUGAGCGUCAGCGGGGUUCAGAGUGUGGCCUUCACCUCUGCAUCCUGUCCAUCCUCUCCCGGGCCCCGAGCCCCGGCCCCCCCGGCCCCUGAAAGUCCCUCUCUGGCAGCGGCGAGGCCCCAGGUGUGUGUCGUGGGUCCCGGUCCGGUCCCUGAGUCGCCCUGCGGGACCCAGGUGGUUCAACAGAGACUGGAUCAGACCAGCACAUCUCUGGCAGCUGCGCUGAAGGCCGUUGAAAGAAAACUGGAGGACAACUCAGACGGUGGAUCAAGCACGGUGAAGUCUGCGGGGACAAUUCUGGACGACAUCGGCAACAUGUUUGACGACCUGGCUGACCAGCUGGACGCCAUGUUGGACUGAAGACUUUCAAAUUAAAAGCCUCAACCUCAGGAAGAGAAACGGAGAAACUCAGAAACAGAGGAACAGAGAAACUCAGAAACAGAGAAACUCAGAAACCGAGAAACUCAGAAACAGAGAAACUCAGAAACGGAGAAACUCAAAAA